UUUUUGGGCUGAAGGGCAGUGGAAAUGGAAGGAGCCGCAGUGGCUGCUGCUGUUGCUGCUGUUUCUGCUGUUUCGAUUUCAGGAGGGCGGAGGAUUCGCUCAGGCUUUUUUCCCUUCCCUUCCUUCUUGCACUCCCUUUUUUAGUGGUAGCAGCAGAAACCUUCUCUGCUCACUCCAUGCGUUGCCUUCGUUCAUAAAUUAAAGCGGCAAGUCCAUCGGCCAUAUUUAGAAGCAAGUCCACUCCGGAUCCUUCCACUUGCCUUCUAUCUCUUCUCUUCUAGAAACGAACGAUUAGCUCUCGUUGUCUGUUUGUUUUAUUUCUCCAUCUUAUUUCUAUUUGGGGAAGGAAGGAAGGAUGGAAGAUCUGUACAGUAUCCAUCCGGGAAUCUCGCGGGGUGGAGAGGUGGCGGCCGUCGGAUCCACGUCCAGCUUCGCCUGCUUUGAGGCCGACCGGUCGCAGUGCGGGGAAGCCACCGAAGCGUCGGAUAUCUCCGCCGCCGGCGGCGCCGGCGGUUCGGAUCUCACCGACCUGAUCAAGGCCCAAAUCGCCAACCAUCCUCGCUACCCUUCUCUCGUGGCCGCCUACAUCGAAUGCAGAAAGGUGGGGGCGCCGCCGGAGAUGGCAUCGCUGUUGGAAGAGAUAGGGCGGGAGAGGUACGCAAGCGCGGGAUGCGGGGAGAUCGGAGCGGAUCCGGAGCUCGACGAGUUCAUGGAAUCCUACUGCCGGGUUCUUCAGCGAUACAAGGAGGAGCUUUCAAAGCCGUUCAACGAGGCAGCGUCGUUCCUCAACAGCAUCGAGAUGCAGCUGAGCAACCUGUGCAAAGGCCGCACUACCUCCUCCUCCACCACCACCGCCACCGGCAACUCCCCUUCCGAUGAAGUGGUUGGGUCGUCUGAAGAAGAGCUUAGCUGUGGUGAUGUGGAUGCAUUGGAAAGCCAGGAAUCCGGUUCGCGCCUCGCUGACCACGAACUGAAGGAAAUGCUUCUUAAGAAGUACCAGUGGCUACCUGAGCAAUCUCAGAAAGGAAUUCUUGAAGAAGAGGAAGAAGGGAAAGCUACCCAAAGAUGCAAGGUUGACACUGCUAGAUUGGUGGCAUACCCACUACAGGUGGCCCUAUCCCCGG